CUUACCUUUACCGAGCUCGCCGAGAAGUGUAUCGUCCGGGACGAGGAAGGAGUUCAUUGUCGUAUAACUCCAUGGCCGCCGUGCAAGUACGUUCAAAAGUCCACCUUCGUCGUGGGAAAUUUGGUCCGCCAUUUUCGUACUGAACAUCCCAUGGAAGCGAGGAAAAUUGGAUUUUUCAAAGAAUCUUCUGAAUCGGAGCUGGACUUAACGCAUGAUCGCGCGUCAGAAUCGUUCAUUCUCGAGGAAAGCCAACCGGAAAUACCUUGCCCUGACACACCCUGCGACGACCCCGCACUGUACUGUAAACUGUGCUUCUCGGUUGACCUUCCGCUGGUUCCGAUCUGCAGCGGCCCAGACGCGGCGGAUAAUCCGCUGGUGGAGUCAAUCGAAGAGUGCAUCAACGUUCGCAUAACCGCCGAUGAUGACGGGUGGAUUUGUUCGGAGUGCAGCCAAAAGUUGGUAGAUUUCCAGCAGUUUCGUCAACUGUCCCGAAUUCAUUAUUCCGCAGUUCGUCGAAAGAAGCAACAGCUUGCGACGACUACGUUUAGCAAUCCGAUUGUGGUCCACUCUGCAAACGAAGCAGACUCGUUCUACGUAGAAAUAGUGAAACAGGAAAACGACAUUGAAACCCACACGGAACCUUCAGUCACUGAACAACCUGGGGCCGAACCAUGCGACGAUCAGAAACCGUUUAUCGAGCUGCCCAACGGUUCGUUCUCGUGUCGGAUGUGUCCGCAGACAUUCCCAUCGCUCGGUCCCACCAUGGAACACUUCAUCAGCGCCCACAGCGAGGCAAUGACGCACACGAACAGCGUGCUCGCCGUUGACUAUUCCGACAAGCCACCGUUCAAACCGGUCACGAUCAACAACGUUCAGUAUCUAAAGUGUGCCGACUGUGACACGCUGACCGAGCACGGGGAGGCCAUCAUCGAGCAUCGAAAGCGGUUCCACGCGGGGGUGAAGAUGUUGCCCACGAUCCGGUGCGACCGGGUCGAGUGUGAGCAGUUCUUUAUGGAUAAUCCGGCGUACCGGCGGCACUUGGAAAUUUGUCACGACGUGAUUGAUCCCGGCGAAGGGGAAUCGUAAAGUAUUUAUUUUAACGUGGCUAAUGUAAUAAAUGACCAAAUGUGCAAGUAAUUUUUUUUUAUAUCA